UUGCAACGUGGGAGAAAUUCAUCUAAACCCCUAAAUGCAUAUCUCCAUCAAAACCGACGCCAUCCUUGUAGAAACCCUAAGGCAGGGAUUUUCUCACUGCAAUUCACCUUAAAUCCUAGCUAAAUUUCACUUUGAUAGUCACCUUUGUCGUAAAUAUGGAUGAUUCUGAUGAUGAAACUGGGUACCCUUCAAGACCCUACACUUCUUCUCUUCGACCAACUCGCCCAAUUCGAAACCCUACUUCUUUUUCUUAUCCAAGAUAUCCCUAUAACAAUCAAUUUCAAUAUUACAACGAUGAUGAUGAAUCCGAUGAAGAUGAAGAAGAAGAAGAAGAAGAAGAAGAAGAAGAAGAAGAAGAAAACCAAGAAGAAUUUAGCAGUGGAGAAACAAAUGGCUAUGAUAAUAAUAAUACUACUUCUUUUCACAACAAAAAGAAGAGAAAGCUUGAAACUUUAGUCUCAAAUUACGAAUUUGCCCCUCGUCAUGGUAUGUGGAGUGAAGAAGAGAGUUAUGUGUUGUUAGAAGUGUGGGGUGAGAGGUAUUUGGAGUUGGGUCGAAGGAGUUUACGUGCUGAAGAUUGGAGUGAAGUUGCUGAGAAAGUAACUGAAAUGAUUGGUGUUGAUAAGACUGAAAUUGAAUGUAGGAAUCAAUUAGAUGUGUUGAAAAAGAAGUACAAGAAGGAGAUAACGAAAAUGGAGAAAAAUGGAGUUGGGGGGUUUUAUAGUAAGUGGCCAUUUUUCAAGAAAAUGGAUAUGUUGAUGAAUUUGAGGAUGAAAGGGCAUUGUGGAUUGGGUUGUGGGCUCGAUUCGGGUGAGUAUGUGUUUAUGGACCCGCGAAUGUAUUUGGAUAAGUCGAACGUGUUGGAUGAGAUGAGGGAUAGUCCAGCAGGAUCGGAUGCUGAGGAUAAUGAUGAGGAUGAGGAAGAGGAGGAGGGUUCGGGUGGUGAUGACGAAUCGGCUAAGUUGUUAGCGGAUUCGAUUCAAAGGUUUGGGCUGAUAUAUGAGAAGAUUGAGAAUAGUAAGAGGAAACAGAUGAUGGAGUUGGAGAAAAUGAGAAGGGAUUUCCAGAGGGACUUGGAGUUGCAGAAAAAGCAGAUUGUUGACAGGGCGCAGGCCGAAAUUGCUAAAAUAAGGGACGACGAUGAAAAUGAUGACGAUCAAGAUGAGGAUGAGACUGACAACAUUUCGCUUAGGGGCUGAUGCGCAGCUUUUUGCAGGAUAAAAGAUUAUAAAUUAGAGCUAAAUCACUGAAGAUUUUGUGAGGAACAUUCCCGUUUGAAGCAUAGGGAGAAGCGAUUUCAAGUUAUUCUGCAAAUAUUUGGAUUUUGCUUUGUACUAAGCAUGUGGAAAAUGUGCCCAAUUUUUCCUAUCAUGUUGAGAUUAUGGGGUUAAUUCAAGUGUUUUACCGGACGGAUAAUGUAAUAAAUUUGCUUUUACUAUUAGCAUAUUCCAAGUUA